AUGGCCUCACCACCGAACCAGCCGGCCCUGACGCCGCAGUUUUGCUUUUCGACCGUCGUACUACGAGACUUUUUGCGGGCCUCCCGCGCCAUCGACGACACCAUCACCCAGCACCUGAAUGCCCUCGUCACGCCCGCCCGCGCCGGCUUCGACCCGUCGUCCACAGCGCACCGCGCCUCCUCGUACUCCGCUUACCCACCCAGCAGCGCCUCCUUGUCUGCAGGACCGCCACCCGCCGCAUGCCGCGCGUUCCGCGAUGCCCUCCUCUUCCCCGCCUGGCAGGCCCGCGACGACCUCAUCCAGUACUGUUCCCGCGUCGCCGACGAUGCCGUGGCCAAAGAUGCCGAAGCCGCCGCACAGGCUGCUGCCCAGGCUGCUGCCGCCGCGGCGGCCUCCGGCACCCUUGUUGACGGCGACUAUGCGACGCCACCACCACCACUACCACCACCAGCGGAAAUCACCGAGCGCAUUGACCCCUACAUCAAGCGGAAGCAGUAUGCGCUCGUCGAGCCGCAGGCCAACCUGCUAGCGUCGCUGAUGCGCAACGAGAAGGGCGUCGAGUCCAUUGUGCGCGCGCGAUCCUGGGAUGUGCUGCAGGCGCGUUGUGGUGGCGGGGCCAUCGCGGCCAGCCCGGGUGAGCCUGGGUGGGAAGCGGCUCUGGAGCGGUGGCGGAAGCGGGAGGGACGGUGA